UUUUUCUUUUCUUUCUUUCUUUCUUUUAUAUAUAUAUAUUUCUCCAAUAUGUCCAGUCCCAAAAUCAUGGCCUCUACACUAGAAGCCAAAGGUUAUGGGAAUAGCCAUGAUAGACAAGCGUUAGAUAAAGACUAUCAGUUUCCAAGACACCUUAUUGCUGAUACCAUGAAAGGUUGAGUAUCUUUACAAUCAUUGCUGACUAAUCUGUGAUAGAUGAAAACAAGACGCCGCUAGUGAUUGUUGCAUGUGGCUCUUAUUCGCCUAUCACGUAUUUGCAUUUAAGAAUGUUUGGUAAUCCUGUACGAGACAAGAAAAAAAGAUCGCAGAAACAUCUAAUACUCGAUAGAAAUGGCAAGAGAUCAUUUUCAAGAACGUCUUCAGGAAUUUGAGCUGUUGGCAGGUUAUUAUUCGCCUGUGUCUGAUGCUUAUAUGAAGGAAGGGCUUGUAGAAGCAAAGCACCGAGUCAAGAUGUGUCAAUUAGCAGUCGAGAGUACUUCUGACUGGCUUAUGGUAGAUGAAUGGGAGUCAAGACAGACCAUGUAUCAACGAACAGCUGUUGUACUUGAUCACUUUGAUCAUGAGCUGAACACACCUAUCAAGAUUAUGUUAUUGGCUGGCGGUGAUUUAAUGGCAUCCUUUGGUCAUCCAGGAGUUUGGUCGUCUGAAGAUUUGCACCAUAUUGUGGGUGCCUAUGGCUGUGUUAUCAUAGAAAGAACAGGUACAGAUGUCUAUGGAUUCUUGCUGUCACACGAUAUUCUAUACCAGCAUAGAAUGAAUGUCAUUAUUAUUAAGCAAUUGAUUCAUAAUGACAUUAGUUCUACCAAGAUAAGAUUGUUUGUCAAGCGAGGCAUGUCUGUCAAAUACUUGCUGCCUAACCCUGUGAUAGACUAUAUUGCAAACCAUCAAUUAUACAAUGCUGAAUAGAGAAGAAUUUAAUUUAAUUAAUAUGUUAAAAGUGACACAGAGAUUGUAAUUGCAUUGUAUUUUGGAUAAUAAACAACUGACUUUGAUUCUUUUUAAA